AUGUCAACAGCCGCGAGUGCUGAAGCACAAAUCGAUCAUACACAGGAUUAUGUCGCCUCUCAGAUCCGCAAUAACCCUUACCCUGAUGUCCGCCUCGAGGAUUCUUCAAAGCAAAUCCGAUUGAUGCGAAUUUUACCCGGAACGUCUGACCAGGAUGUGUGCUGUGAGCUUCUCACGCGUCAGCUCGAAUCUCCUCAUGAAGAUUCCAAUGGAGACUAUGAGGCACUGUCUUAUGUUUGGGGUCCUUUCUCCGGCAAAAGAAUUGUAUUGUGUGGUUUGAACUACGAGGUCACAGAUAAUUUGUUCAACGCACUGAGGCGGCUGCGCGGAAAGGAAUCAACGAAACUGCUUUGGAUCGACGCAAUAUGCAUCAACCAGCCGAAUCUGAAGGAGCGUAACGCGCAAAUCGGCAAGAUGUGCGACAUCUAUCAUUCCGCUUGCAGUGUCAUAGUCUGGCUUGGAGAA